AUGGCACUUCCAUCUGCUGCCGGUGCCCGGUUUCGUCAGCGAAAGAUCUCUGUGAAGCAGACGCUCUCAAUAUGGAAGCAAUCUGAUUUGCCUGAUCUUGAAACCGAGGACCAACAGCGAGAGUUACAGCAGUUUGAAACCGGUGUGGAGAAAGGGGAAGAGGAAGAGCAUCAUUUGCAAGCAGUUAUCAAUGCGGCUCAAGCCAAGAUCUCUGGUGCCAAAGUUGAGCAAGUGUACAUUCCCACCCCAGACGCCUCAAAAGUGUGGCAGGAUGCUUCCAAAUAUUACACGCAGAAGUUCAUAGCUCCUGCAUCUUACAUAAGGUUCUCCGCAACCGUUGAAGAUACAGCAGGAUGCCCUUAUAACAUGGAUGAAAAAGACGAGGAAUAUUUGGAAAAGAUGAACAAGGAACUACCACCGGAUAUCCCACGCUGCACGGAAACAGAGUUUGAAAUCAUAUCGCAUAGAUUUGAAACUGUUAUCAAUGAGAAACAGCCGUUCUUGGCUAUGGACCCAGAACACAUUCUGACUUUUGAUGAAAUCAAACCAAUUGCAUUACAACCGGAUAAGACGUCGCCUGAGGACGUGGCUCGUACUUUGGAACAAACCCUGAAUAUCCAUCCUUUCAUCACUUUGCUAGACGCCCCUCCUCCAGAUGGGAAACAACCCAGGCCUCUCGGCGAGUUGUUUGAGAAGUUUGGAAAACAAGUAUAUGCUCACUGGAAGCUUAGGAGGAUUGAGCGCAAGGGUAGGUCUGUGUUUCCAAUCCUCAAAUUUGAAGACCCUUCCGAAAAGGAUGACAGUGAUCCAUACGUUUGUUUUAGAAGAAGAGAGGUCAGACAGGCCAGAAAGACAAGAAGGUCAGACACGCAGGGAUCCGAAAGGCUGAGAAAGUUUCACAGAGAACUGAAAAAUGCGUAUAACCUUGUAUUUAUGUGUGCUCAAAGAGAGGUCAAGAGAAAGGAGUCUUUGAAGGUUGAGAAUGAUAUCUUCAAGAUGCGUUGCCAAGUGAAGUCAGUUAAGAGAGAGCUUGGCAUCAAAGGUGAAGAAGAAGACCUCAUUGCCCACAAGAAGAAGAAGGUCAUCCCUGUUGCGCAAGAUAUUAAGGACGAGGAUCGCAAGGACAGAGUUCAAGGAAUCCGUACAGGUGGUGCCAAUGGUGCCGCAUUCGAUCCACAGGCUCUCCGGAGAACUGGCAGUUCGUUAAAUCCAAUAGCUGUUCAGCCAUAUGUUAAGCUGCCUGUAUCAAGGAUCCCAGACUUGGAUCUCGUUACUGUAUCCGCAGUAUUGCACGAAAAGAAAGAUGCAAUCACUAGAGCUGUUGCUGAGAAGCUUAAAAAGCGGAAGUUGCAAGACGAGGGCUGGAUCAAUCUCACUGAUGAUCCGCUAAAUCCUCUGUUCGAUAUCGCAUCUGCAGAUAGCUUGAUCAAGGAGCCAUCUCACACCCCAUACUCUUCCAUCUCGACUUCUAUCUUUGAGGUUGAGAACUCAAGGUUCUUAGACCCAAGUUUGAGCAAAAUUUUGAGCGAUAAAAAGUCACCUUUGCCAGAUGUUUUGGCUUUUAGUGCUGCCUCAGGUGAUCCCGUCGAAGUUCCUGCUGUUGAACAUUACGAUUUGAUCAACAACAAGCAACUGUCCAUAACUCAACCAGUCUACAAAUUCCGAAAGAGAUUUGGUCGCAGAGGUAUGUGGCUGGACAGAAAGCUGAAUAUUGAUGAUUGUCUGCAAUUCGAUUCGUCAGAUUCUGAAGAAGAACAAGAUGCAGACAACAUGGAUGUUGAUAAGGGAGGGCCAGUCAACGUUUACGACUCCAAACAUGACAGGCGCCUGAGAACCAAAUCAAGAUUCAUGUUCGAUUCGCAGAUUGAAGCCUAUAACCCAAUCGAUCCUAGUAAGCUGAAUCAAAUUAGUUCACAAACACAGGCCAUCAGGUUUGGCUGCAUGCUAUUGACGAAAGCUUACGAUCAAAUGCACCAGGCAAGACAGAAGGCCAUUGAGGCUCAAAAGCAGAAUGCAGCUCAAGCUCAGGCCAAGACCCAACAGAUUCAAUCACAGCAAGCACAUGCCCAGGCCCAAGUCCAGGCGCAACUGAGACCUCAACAAGCGCAAGUUCCAUCCUCGAAGGAUAGUCAAUCAUUGACUUCCCAGGCAGUAGCUCAAUCCAAGCUUGAGAACGGAAAGCCGCCUCAGGCCGUUGCACAAUGA